AUGACAAUGCUCUCGGUCGCGGCGCAACCAAUCUAUGCGCAUCGGUUCAGUCACACUUUUCAACACAAGAAGUUGCAAAAAGUGGAAAACAUUGGUGCUGACUUCUUCUUCUUCUUCUUCUUCUUCUUCUUCUUCUUCUUCUUCUUCUUAUUAUUAUUAUUAUUAUUAUUAUUAUUAUUAUUAUUAUUAUUAUUAUUAUUAUUAUUAUUAUUAUUAUUAUUAUUAUUAUUAUUAUUAUUAUUAUUAUUAUUAUUAUUAUUAUUAUUAUUAUUAUUAUUAUUAUUAUUAUUAUUAUUAUUAUUAUUAUUAUUAUUAUUAUUAUUAUUAUUAUUAUUAUUAUUAUUAUUAUUAUUAUUAUUAUUAUUAUUAUUAUUAUUAUUAUUAUUAUUAUUAUUAUUAUUAUUAUUAUUAUUAUUAUUAUUAUUAUUAUUAUUAUUAUUAUUAUUAUUAUUAUUAUUAUUAUUAUUAUUAUUAUUAUUAUUAUUAUUAUUAUUAUUAUUAUUAUUAUUAUUAUUAUUAUUAUUAUUAUUAUUAUUAUUAUUAUUAUUAUUAUUAUUAUUAUUAUUAUUAUUAUUAUUAUUAUUAUUAUUAUUAUUAUUAUUAUUAUUAUUAUUAUUAUUAUUAUUAUUAUUAUUAUUAUUAUUAUUAUUAUUAUUAUUAUUAUUAUUAUUAUUAUUAUUAUUAUUAUUAUUAUUAUUAUUAUUAUUAUUAUUAUUAUUAUUAUUAUUAUUAUUAUUAUUAUUAUUAUUAUUAUUAUUAUUAUUAUUAUUAUUAUUAUUAUUAUUAUUAUUAUUAUUAUUAUUAUUAUUAUUAUUAUUAUUAUUAUUAUUAUUAUUAUUAUUAUUAUUAUUAUUAUUAUUAUUAUUAUUAUUAUUAUUAUUAUUAUUAUUAUUAUUAUUAUUAUUAUUAUUAUUAUUAUUAUUAUUAUUUAUUAUUAUUAUUAUUAUUAUUAUUAUUAUUAUUAUUAUUAUUAUUAUUAUUAUUAUUAUUAUUAUUAUUAUUAUUAUUAUUAUUAUUAUUAUUAUUAUUAUUAUUAUUAUUAUUAUUAUUAUUAUUAUUAUUAUUAUUAUUAUUAUUAUUAUUAUUAUUAUUAUUAUUAUUAUUAUUAUUAUUAUUAUUAUUAUUAUUAUUAUUAUUAUUAUUAUUAUUAUUAUUAUUAUUAUUAUUAUUAUUAUUAUUAUUAUUAUUAUUAUUAUUAUUAUUAUUAUUAUUAUUAUUAUUAUUAUUAUUAUUAUUAUUAUUAUUAUUAUUAUUAUUAUUAUUAUUAUUAUUAUUAUUAUUAUUAUUAUUAUUAUUAUUAUUAUUAUUAUUAUUAUUAUUAUUAUUAUUAUUAUUAUUAUUAUUAUUAUUAUUAUUAUUAUUAUUAUUAUUAUUAUUAUUGUUAUUAUUAUUAUUAUUAUUAUUAUUAUAUGUCGCCAGGUGCCGCGUAUACGAGUCUGA